GCUGAUCAAAUGGAAAUUGAACAGAGGAAGUACAGCGUUUACCACUGUGUACUGGUUUUGCACAAAAUAUCGCGCACAUUCUUAACUUUCAAUUCAUCACUGGCUACAAAAACGCAUUGCUCGCUGUCCUGAUAAUUCGAAUACAUUUGGACCAGUGGGUUCCUGCUCAGAUUUGCUAAAAAAAAAAAAAAAAAAAAAAAAAAAAAGCAUCCAUUCUGAAAUGAGAGCUGAUGUCGCAAUGAUUUAAAAAGGGACGUGCCAUGGGGGGCUCCAUCGCUACUCUAGCCAAAUCUGAGGACCUGGAGCCAGGGGAACAGGAUGACAAGUCAGCUGUGUUGCCACCAAAGAAGAAGAGCUCAGGGACCAACUACCAGAGCAUCAAUGGAACAGUGUCAAGCUCCUACCUAGACAAAGUGGGGCGGAGCAACAUGAACUGUCCGUCCUGCCAGGGAACAGGCCGGAUCCCCAGGGAUCAAGAGGAACAUCUGGUGGCUUUGAUCCCAUACAGUGACCAGAGGCUUAAACCUAGUCGCACGAAGCUGUAUGUGUGUGUCUCUGUGAUUAUCUGUCUGCUGGCCUCAGCUCUGGUUAUCUUCUUUGUGUUUCCCCGGACUAUCACAGUGACAGCAGUGGGCAUUAAGUCAGUCUUUGUUUGGUACCCACAAGAUGCCGUCAGCAUGAAUAUUACAAACAUUGUGGAAAUCACCAACGAUAACUUCUACAGCAUUCAUGUCUCCAGUCUCAGUCUGCAGGUUAUGUGGUAUGAAACCAUGGUUGGGAAAGUGAAAAGUGAAAAUAUUACUGUCGUCAAACCUCUCAGCAAGAGCCAGUUUAAUUACACAGUUGGAAUCCAAGUAAAUGAUCCUGGAAUUCACAAAUACUGCACGAUGUCUUCAAUCAAGAUUCACACGAUGUUUUUUCAUAUUCAGGGGUCGGUCAAUGUUUUAUAUAUGGCCCGCACAGAACAGCUGUCCCUUGAUGCCUAUGAGUUUGUAGACUGUGGAGCCAACACCACGACCCCAUACAGCUUCAACCGUCCUGGCAGUGAGCAGUGAUGAGCAGCAGUCUCAUUAACCCACAACAAGACCGCUACUGUCACAAUAGCUGAAGUACUCCAGCUAAUGUUGGCUAUUAACCCUACUGUGAUCAUUUUGGAAUAAAGGGACUUCAAGAGAAUUUGAAUAUUAAUUUAUAGUUACACAAGGAAUUAGCAAAACUAUUAUACAAUUAGUUUUUAAGAUAUAAAACAUUUUGUAUUACUUUAGUAGUACAGUGUAAUCGAUACAUAUACUAAUUAUAUAAUUGUUUUAUUAAUGCAAUACUGUAUCUUACUCGCUCACAUUUUAUUUUUAUUUUUUUACUUUUUGUGGUUGUCUUUGACUUUACUGCAUUUGGAGGCUACAGUAGCAAAACAAAACAGUCCUUAACAGUCUUUAUGUGAACGUGGCUCACAGUAACCAAGACAAGAUUAUUCAUUUUGUUUUAUAAUAAGGAUUAUAAUGUUCCAAUGUCCUCUGCAUUUAGUGGAUAUUUAUACAUACUGGCCUUCUAAUUGUCAGCUAAUUUGAGAAAAAAAAUGUAAUGAACAUCAAACUUAAUUACUCAAAACAAUCUUUAAAAAAAAGUCCUGCGAAGCAUUCCUUAAAACAGCUGAUGCAUGAAACCUAGACCCAAGAAACUUUAUUGAACACAAACCAGUGAACCAAUUAUUUGAAUGCUUCUACAGUUUUUUCCCUUUACUUUUGCCCUGUUUUAUUUUACAGAUAAACCAAUAGCUACUGCAAAAGUAACUAGAACAUUACUUUUAUAGUUCAAAAUAUUUGUAUCAUUGUGAAGAGUCUCUGUCUGGUAAAUGUCCCACGAAGUGUGUUCUGAACAGAUAGAGCAUGGGGUGUGACAAUUGAGUCAUGCCUUCUCUCCACUCUCCAUUCUUCCGUGCCCGCUCCUUCUCUUCCAUAGCCCCUCUGUGGUGGAACCAGCUACCGCAGAACUUUGCCUCCUCAAGACCCCACUGUUUAGACUGCACUUGUAGAUCUCUUGAUCUACCCCUCCUACCAUGCCCUGCACUUGCCUGACCUACACUGAAUCCUCAGCUGAUGCACUAUCCUUGCGCAAUUGCACUACUAAUAUGUCUUUGUAGAUAUACCUUGCUGUAAUCCUUGUUGCAUCCUAGUUCAUAUUGUACUUUAGUAGUAUUAUUUGCACUUACUGUAAAUUGUACUUUAAUAGUAAUCUUGCAUUGUAAUACUUACUGCCCUGUAACACCUAUAAAUUGCCUUGGAUUAGGUGUCUCCCAAAUAAAUAAACAAAUUAUGCAUUG